CGCACGGGACGUUGCAUGCCGAGCGGUUACUAAGGCGACGUGAUCCGCUGCAUCGAUGACGAAAACGGAAGGAAGUCGUCCGUCUAUCCCACAAAAAUAGGAUCUUGUAUCCAUAGACGCCGAUUGCCUUUUACGACGUCACCGUCGUCCAUCCGGCGUAGAAAGCUUUCACGGUCGUUCUUGCGGCCUGGAAGCUUGUUCCAUUAUAGAUCCUUGGAGCCACUGGCGUUCGUCCGGCGUAGAAGCUUCCCCGGUCCUUCCUCUGGCGUAAAAGCUUGGAGCAACCGUGAAUCCACGAAGCCAGGGAGAGGAGCCUCAGGAUAUGCAACCUCGGCGGCAGUACAAGGAGUAGGAGGAACGGCAGCAGGGGCCGGCUACAGAGAAGCCGCGUGCACCGUGCUUCUUGGAGCAGCGGCGGCGACGGUCAUGGAGCCGACGGCGGGUAUAGAAUCUGGUGUACAGACACCAGCGGCGAGGUUAGGCAGUGUCGAUUCAUCGGUACAUGAGACAAGGGCUACGUCGACGCCGACAGCCGGCCGUGGAGAAGUGACAGAAACCAUGGUUACUCCACCGGCCGAACUACGAGCACCAGGAAACCAGCCUGCGUGCGCUGGUGUGGUUGGGGAUGCAGCAACCAGGACAGUGUCAGAGGAGGAGAUGGACACGCCUGAAAUUUUCCAGAGACACGCAGACAGCAUAGAACCAUCCUUGGUCCCACGUGUUGGGAUGGAGUUUCGGUGCCUAGAUGAUUUCUAUCUCGAGUACGCGAGGGUGGUUGGAUUCAGUAUCAAAAGGUACAGGUCCGAUGGGAAUAUCAAGUGGCUUAAUUGCAGAAGCGAGGGAACUAAUCCAGGGAAGGCUAAAAAGGAAGAUGCUAAGGGCAGGAAGACGGGGACUGUUAUGACAGGCUGUAAAGCCGGUCUCAAAUUACGUCAGAUUGUUAAUGAGAAAAAAGAGGUAGUUGCUGUUCAUAUAGUGCUUGCAAAUCUUGAUCAUAACCACAAAUUUUUGACGGAAAAAGAGGCUGCAAAACACUUCUAUUCUCAUAAGCAAGUAGAAUCGCCAUUGUUAGAUUUUGUUGGUGCAAUGCAAGAUAGUAGGGUGCCUGAGCAUUGCAUAAUUGACAUUGUGUCAGACAUGAAUGGAGGCCCUGAAAACAAUCCAAUGACCAGACAAGAUUUGAAAAACAUGUAAGUGUAUAAUUGUUGAAUUAUAUGCAGCAAUGCGAUGAAAAUGUGUUCAGAUUUUAUGACUGUGACAUACUAUUGCAGGAGGGCGGCGAGGAGGCGUGAGGAGCAGGCAGAUGACGUGGCUAAGCUGCUAGCUUUCUUCGCAAAGUGUAAAAAAGAAAAUCCCCAAUUUUACUCAGAAAUUCAGAUAGAUAAGCAGGGUAAAAUUAAGAGCAUAUUUUGGUCUCAUGCAAGCAUGCAAGGCGAAUACGCUGAUUUUGGGGAUGCGGUAACAUUUGACACGACGCACAAGACUAAUAUGUAUCAUAAACCUCUUGCAAUGUUUGUCGGUGCUAAUAACCAUCUGCAAUGCACCAUAUUCGGAUUUGCUCUACUAGGAGAUGAGACCGUAGAAACUUUUGAGUGGGUGUUCGGAGCAUUUAAGAGAUGCAUGGGGGGAGAAGGGCCACGUUGCAUAC